CGCCCUGGUGAGGGGCGCGGUGGGGCCGGGACGAGCCGAUGGAAAGGCCGAGCGGCUCGGAGGCGGAGCGGGCAGACGGCGAGCCCGAGGUGAAGAAGCGGCGACUGCUGUGUGUGGAGUUCGCUUCGGUCGCGAGCUGCGACGCCGCCGUGGCGCAGUGCUACCUGGCCGAGAACGACUGGGAGAUGGAAAGAGCGCUGAACUCCUUCUUCGAGCCGCCCGGGCGGGAGAGCGCCGCGGAGAGCCGCCCUCACACGGCGGCGGGGCCCGAGUCCUGUGUUGACCUAACGAAUGAGGAGACAACUGAUUCCGUUAGUUCUAAAGCCAGUACAUCUGAAGGGAAUCAGCAAGAAGAUGGCAGCGUGUUCUCUCUCAUUACCUGGAAUGUUGAUGGACUGGACCUAAACAAUCUGCCAGAGAGGGCUCGAGGGGUGUGUUCCUAUCUAACUUUGUACAGCCCAGAUGUGGUAUUCCUACAGGAAGUUAUUCCCCCGUAUUGUAGCUACCUAAAGAAGAGAGCAAGUAGUUAUGAGAUUAUUACAGGUCAUGAAGAAGGAUAUUUCACAGCUAUAAUGUUGAAGAAAUCGAGAGUGAAAUUUAAAAGCCAAGAGAUUAUCCCUUUUCCAAAUACAAAAAUGAUGAGAAACCUUUUGUGUGUGUAUGCAAGUGUGUCGGGAAAUGAACUUUGCCUUAUGACUUCUCAUUUGGAGAGCACCAGAGGGCAUGCUAAGGAACGAAUGAAUCAGUUAAAAACGGUUUUAAAGAAAAUGCAAGAGGCUCCAGAGUCAGCUACAGUUAUAUUUGCAGGAGAUACAAAUUUAAGGGAUCAUGAAGUCACCCGAUGUGGUGGUUUACCCAGCAACAUUUUGGAUGUCUGGGAGUUCUUGGGCAAACCUAAGCAUUGCCAGUAUACAUGGGAUACACAGAUGAACUCUAAUCUUGGAAUAUCUGCUGCUUGUAAGCUUCGUUUUGAUCGAAUAUUUUUCAGGACAGCAGCAGAAAGUGGCCAUAUCGUUCCCCAAAGUUUGGACCUCCUCGGGUUGGAAAAACUGGACUGUGGUAGAUUUCCUAGUGAUCACUGGGGUCUUCUGUGCAACCUCAAUGUAAUCUUGUGAAAUGCUUUCCAAAUAAGAGUUUUCUAUCUUCUGAGUAAUUUUGUUCUGGAUUUUUGUAAAGGUAAUUUCUACCUGUCUGGAAAGGUAGGUUAUAUGGAGGAAUUAAUAUACUACAUCAUUGUAACAGAAGAAAACACUACUGUGAUUUUUAUUUUGUGGAUUGUGUCCUUAAAUUUCAGAACUAAAUAUUGAUGUUUAUUUAAAUUAAAGCAUACAGAAUAUGAGACUUCUUCAUAAAGGCCACCAAGACCGUCAGAGCUCCUAAUACUGCUCAGAGCUGCCGGCUGGUUCUCAAGCAGGGCCAUAUUGUCCCUGGGCUAGCCUUUAUAUUUUAUUUUUAAAAUCAGGCACUAAAUAGUUUAUAUUUUAAGUAAAUCUUUAAAAAUAAAAAUAAGAGGUUAUUGUGUUUGGGGGAAGUGGAUCUUUUAAUUCAGGUAAUCUUAAAUGAAAAAAGCCAUGAUUAUGUCCAUUUGAGUAGAUGGCAACUGUCCUAUAGCAGACUCUAUUUUUGUCAGUUAAGAGGAUGUGAUUGGUAAGCUAUAAAUGAAAUCUUCUGAUUUGAAAUUCCUUUACUUUUUUUUUAAGAUUUUAUUUAUUUAUUUAUUUGAGAGAGAGAAUGAGAUAGAGAGAGCAUGA